CCAGCAGGAUGGAGCCUGCAGAGGGGAGCUGGAGAGGACUCUUCCCAAUAGCACCUUCUCUGUUUGUAGCUACGUUAGCUCUGUCAUUAAGUUAGUUGACCACCCUUGUUUUCACAGCUUGCUGGACGCACUAAAGCACUGGAAGUCUGUCAUCUUCACUACGACACAGACGAGUAGAGCAGCCGGCGAACGAAGAAACAUUUCGGGUGGAUGAUAGCAGUGGAGAUGUGUCAUAAGCUGCAUUGGACACUAAGAACCUACCUGGCUACCUGUCUAUCAACUGACAGCUGUCACCGCACCUAGCUGCUCAGCUAGCUGGCUAAGUGAGCUAACGGCUAACAAGUGUUUUUUUUCCGGGCUCAUAGCCUGGCUAAUUUAGCCAGCCAGCGCUGCUCUCGGUUCAGAGUGGAAAUCAGUGACUCCCGCAAAAACGUUAGAUUUUAUUUUUUCCUCAAGAUUAUUUGACUCCGCCUGCUGUUCAAAUCAUGAGUUAGCCAAGGAGCGUCGGAGAGCAGUGUUUGGAAUAUUUUGAAAUCCAGCAUUUCCUAGCAUUUAGCUUGGAGCUAGCUAGCUGCAUUCAUUCAAUUAUUGAAAAGCUGCUAAAGCGUUAACAACAACACCUUAGCGGAUAGGGACUGGGUACAUCCAACCAUAGUCUUUGUUAGGAUACUGAUACAUUUUUGGACUUGACCUUGCCGUGGCCAACAUCUGGGGGAAAUGAAGAAAUUUUUUGAUUCUCGCCGGGAGUUGGUGAGCUCUGGGCCUGGUUCCGGAGCCGGUGGAGGAGGCGCUGGUUCCGGCGGUGGUGGCAGCUUCAUCGGACGGGUCUUCACCAUAGGACGCUAUCAAGUGACCGUCGAGGAAAUUGUCGCAGAAGGGGGUUUUGCCAUAGUUUUUUUGGUGCGGACUCAUCAGGGCUUACGUUGUGCACUAAAAAGGAUGUAUGUCAACAAUGAACAUGAUCUGCAGGUCUGCAAACUUGAGAUACAGAUUAUGAGGGACCUAGUGGGCAACAAAAACAUAGUUGGUUUCCUGGACUCCAGCAUAACUGCAGUUGGAGCUGGUGAUGUCUGGGAAGUCCUAAUCUUAAUGGACUUCUGCCGAGGUGGGCAGGUGGUUAACCUAAUGAACCAGCGGUUACAGACAGGCUUCACUGAACCAGAGGUGUUACAGAUCUUUUGUGACACAUGCGAGGCGCUCGCUCGUCUCCACCAGUGCAAAACUCCAAUUAUCCAUCGAGAUCUCAAGGUGGAAAACAUUCUCCUGCACGAUCGGGGGCACUACGUGCUCUGUGACUUUGGAAGUGCCACCAACCGCUUCCAAAACCCUCAAACAGAGGGGGUGCCAGUCGUAGAGGAGGAAAUCAAAAAGUACACUACUCUGUCAUACCGUGCUCCAGAGAUGGUCAACCUCUACGGUGGAAAGGUCAUCACAACAAAAGCAGACAUUUGGGCAAUGGGUUGUCUACUCUAUAAGCUGUGUUACUUCACACUUCCUUUUGGGGAGAGCCAAGUGGCUAUCUGUGAUGGCAGCUUCACAAUCCCAGACAACUCCCGCUACUCCCAGGACAUGCACUGUCUCAUUAGAUACAUGCUGGAACCUGACCCAGAUAAGAGACCAGACAUCUACCAAGUAUCCUACUUUUCCUUUAAACUGGCGCGACGAGAGUGUCCAGUCCCAAAUGUACAUAAUUCGCCCAUUCCUGCAAAACUUCCUGAGCCAAUCAGAGCCAGUGAAGCAGUGGCCAAAAAGAGUCAAACCAAAGCCAGGCUUACAGACCCCAUUCCUACCAUGGAAACCUCAAUUGCACCUCGACAACGACCCAAGGCUGGCCAGGCUCAGCCCCAGCCGAUAUCGGGCAUUCUCCCCAUCCAGCCAGCUCUCACCCCUCGCAAGAGACCCAAUGUGCCAGCUGGAGCGCCCCAGGCCAUAGGUGUUGGUAUCAGUGGCCCACCUCCAGCUGCAGCUGCUGUCCAACCUGCUCAACAGGGCCCUGCUGCACAGGCUGCAUCACAGCCAGGCCAGGCAGCCAGCAUGCAGCCACAGGCUACACCGCAGCAUCACCAGCUCCUCAUGAAGCAGCAGCAAGCUUCGGCCUUCUUAAGUCCACAGAGUAACCAGCAGCAUCAACUGGUACAGAGCCUCCAUCACCAACCACAGCAACAACAAACAGCGUCUCAGGCGUCUACUGUGCUGCAGUCCAAAGCUAAACCUGUUCAUCCAGUUGUUACUCUGCAACUGCAAUACCAACAGCAGCAGCAGCAUGUAGCCCAUGAAACAGCAGCUCCACAUCUCACACCUAUCCCUGAGUCUGCAGUCAUUGGUCCUGCAGCUGACCCAGAGGUUGCGACGGCUGCCCGAGGGAUUCACAAAGUAGGCUCCUUGACACCCCCCUCGUCGCCAAAGAUGGCCCCUAAGAGUGGGCACAGACGCAUCCUGAGCGAUGUCACCCACAGUGCCGUGUUCGGGGUUCCAGUCAGCAAGUCCACCCAGCUACUUCAGGCAGCCGCGGCUGAGGCCAGCCUCAACAAGUCCAAAUCAGCCAGCACUACUCCUUCUGGCUCCCCCUGCUCGUCCCAGCAGAGUGUGUAUCAUCCAGGUGAUGGUGACGCCCCGUCAACCCUCACUGCACCCAACACUCAGCCCAGCUGGAACCCCUUUGGGGAUGAUAACUUCUCCAAGCUAACGGCAGAGGAGCUGCUCAACAAAGACUUCGCAAAGUUAGCUGAGACUGCUGCACCAGGGGAGAAGAUCACAGGCUCCAGUGAAAAUCUUAUUCCAGGGCUCAAUGCUUUUCCAGAGAAGCUGAUUGAGGGACUGAAGUCCCCUGAAACUUCUCUGCUGCUCCCCGACCUCUUAACCCUGGCCGACCCCUUCAAUAGUUCUGCAGAGAGCUCCACCAAUGCAAAGGCUCAGGUGUGUGUGGAUUCACUUAUUCCUGGUUUGGAAGCCCCCCAGGCCCAGCGACAUUCAGCCCAGCCAGAGCUCAUCCCCGCCAGCAUGCCAGACUCUCUCACUGGGGAAGACACUCUGCUGGGUUGCGAUCUGUUAUCUCGUACUUCUCCUCAUGGAAACCAGUCUGUUUCUGCUCUCCCCUCCUCCUCCUGCUCCUCUGCUCCUCCUGGCUCCGGCUCUGGAUCCUGUCUGGAGGAGCUGCCGCCUGGUCAGACAGCCUCUGACUCUGCUUUCCUCAUGUCGUGUGGGGAGAAGGGCAAUGACGACGAGUUUGACCCUAUUCCUGUGCUCAUCUCCAAAAACUCAAAUCAAGGUGGUCACUCGCGCAGCAACAGUGGCAGUUCAGAGUCCAGCAUCCCCAACUUGGCCCGCUCCCUUCUGCUGGUGGAUCAGCUCAUCGACCUCUAGAGGGGGUGGGAGAGGUCGAAGGGGCAGUGUGCAAUCCUAACGAAGGGACAGGGGAGGGUGGGGGAUAGAGAUGGGGAAGCAGAGGCACUUAAUGUAGCACCUUAUGAAGUGAAACAGUGGAGCCAGCAUAGAUCGGUUCAGUGGAACCUUCUCUUUAUGUGCCUCAGUGGCCUCAACUCCAUCUCUAGUUGCCUGAUUAGCUGGUUUCAUAUAUCUCUGCUGGCUGUUGACAUUCCCAUGCUGGUAAAAAAUCUUGUCAUUAAUACCUGAGCAUAUCGUCUGCUUCUGUCCCGCCUACACCAUGGUUUUCCUCAUGCUUUCCUCAUACUUGCAUUAAUAUCCCUCAUGAGUGCACUGCCAUGGUGAUCAACUGUCAUCAUAUGCACAUGUUAAAAUGCUUGAUCACAGCUGCAUUGCUCUCACUUUGUGUGCUUGUUCAGGGUUGAAGCUUUAUUUAAACAAGCCACCUUCAGGCAUGCUCAUUUGUGUCAGGGGUCUGACAACAGAGUGAGGAGUGAAAAUGCUGUAGACCUCCUGGAUAAAUUGAUGCACUUUCCUAUGAAAGCUUUGAACUAAACUCUUGACCAAACAAAGACACACCCUGAGUGAACCACUGAGAGCUGUUUGCACGGAUUGAACCAGUUUGUGAAGGGAAAAACAUCUCAGCUUUUACAGAUUUUUGAAACUGUUGUGGUUCAUGGUUGUGCGAUGAGAAUUAGGCCACAUCUUUCAAACAUUUUGUUUGGAUAUGAUCUCACUGCACAUGUCGAGUCUGCACCAUGUACGGAAGUCAAAUCAGUUUGAUUCUGUGCUACUUUUCUCAUAUAGUAUACAGUAACCAUGUUUUUAACUGCUAGUUAUCUAAGCUAACUUAGUACAUGUAUUAAGCUUCAUAGGCUUCAGCAUAACUGUAUAUUGUCACCUCUCUCUGGAUGUUAAACAGGGUAUUAUUUCUCCCAAAUAACACCUAUAAAUCUGUCAGUCCUGAUGAUGUCUUGAAAUCCUGAAAUUGGUGAAGUCAGUGUUAACAUGGCUGAUUAAUUCGGCUCUGUUACCACAGCAGGAUGCUUUCACUGUCAGCAGUAUCUGUAUCUACAACAUAUAGGAAGAGCAUUAAUGGUAUGUGUGCAUUUUAUAAUUACAUAUUUUUAUGUGCUGGGUCAUGACCUCACCAUCACGUCAUGAUAUGCACAGCAGAAAUAAAAGGGAAUGAAAUGAGUCCAUGCCAAAGCUAGUGGAAAGAUUUUAUUAUGUGGUAGUUGUCAUGUGUUGGUCUGCUCUCAGGAUCAGUGAAGAUGAGCAGAUUUUUAGCAGCAAAGCACUGAUACAGAGAGGGAGGUACACUGUAGAUUUCAUUGUUAUUUUGUUUGUGUUUCUGGGCUGACAAAAAAGCUUUACAUGAAAAUCUCCCUCUCCCAUUGACAUCCUCCCUGUCUUAUCUAGCCAGUCUGUUCCUGCCACGUACCUUGAGGUCACUCGGCCAAUGUGACAUUCAUUUCAGCUAGAGGAGAUAUUCAGAAGAAUCCAUUAUAUGUACAUAAAAUCACUUUUCAGUUUUUUCUCAUUAUUGCUCAUGUCAAAACUGGUAAAAGUAGAUUUUUUUUAGUGUGUAAUAUUUAAAAACAUUUCAUCUAUCAUGGUAUGAAAAAAAUGUGACUAUUAUUGAUAGUGCUUUAGAAUGAAUGUAUGAACUAAGUACCAUUAUAAAAUAUGUAGAAUUUAUAAGGAUAUAUAGAAUUAAAAUGUGUAUGAAGCUGUAUUUAAGAGUGCAAAGAUGUUGACCCUGUGUCCAAAGUCCCUCCGUCUUAUCGCUCCAUUCACAGUCAAGCAUUCAGCCAGUGCUUUUGGUUGAGAUGUUAUCAUUGAUACAUGAAACAAAGUGCUUAUGACUUACCUGACUGGGUAGUAUUCUUAGCUCUCAACUUCUUCACAUAGCACUGGUACUUGUAAAUUACUGUAUGUUACUGGGACAGAUUUUAUCCAACUGACAGUAAAACAGAGCUUAUGACGGAAUUUACUUCCUGAUAUCUCUGUAGCACCUUUCACCUCUUUCAUUUGGCUGAUGAUUAAAGGAAGAAUUGUUUGGCUUGGUAAAACAGCUGUUGUAUUACAGUACACGUGUUCACAAUAACUACAUUCUCAAUGUUAAAAUCCCACUAAGUGUUAGCUUUCAUUUUGGAUUUUCUCAAGCCAAGGAAGGUUCAUUGCAUAGGCACACGGCUCUAUUUAAGGUCCAUAUCACCUUAUAUAUUUACAUACAUACAAGAAACAAUGUAUUUACCCUGAUAUGCCAUCACUGGUAUAUAUGCAUAAGGUUUGGGGCAUGAAUAGUUUUCUCCUCUGGCCUGUAUGACAUUGUGAAGGGUGAUCACAGACAUUGACAGUACUGUUAGAACUACCGUGGGUAAACAGAGCUAUGCUUUCAUUUUAUGUAUCUCCGUCUUGCUCAGUUAAGUCAUUUGCAUUUGUGUGGAUAAUCUAUGCAAUCCUACAAUAAUGCUUCAUGUUCUUAUCAGACACUACAGUGCUGUAUCCUGUAGAGUUCUUGCCUUGGCCGUAGAGUUUUACUUGUGUUGCUGUGUGAAACUAAUGUACUUACUGUGCUGGUUGGGUUGAAAUGGUGACAGGCAUAAUAAUUAAUAUGUUUAUAUCAAAAUGUUUGGCUUGAAUUGGCAGCAGACGUCCAUAUGUCAAAGCAGGAUCAUUAUCGAGUGUGUACUUCUAUUUUUAUGAAUUAAGGUUAAAAAGAGAGACACUGAAUAAAACGCAUUAAUGUGAAUAUAAAUUAAGUCUCUUUGGGUCACAUUAUUUGAUUUUUACUCUAAAGAGCAAAGGAGCUAGCUGACUUUAUCGACAGUCUGAAGAUUUGUUUUAAUCGGCUGACAGAUCAUUUUUCCAUCUGGGAACCAAAUUAGAUUGCUGAUACUUUAUGGUAUCUUGUAAUGCUUUUCUGCUUAAUAUUAAACCAUUAUUUAAUGUG